AUGGGCCCACCUCAGGUGGAUGUCCUGGCACCACAACCGACAUACGUUGCCAUGGGCAAAUUUGCAUUGGGCAUGUUGAAAGAGGUCACUAAAAACCUCAUCGAGAAAGAUCCUGAAAUACUGGCGAGGAUCAAGGACUCGGAGAAGGCGUUUCUCGACAAGGUCAGAGACUCCAGUGUCAUGCCGUAUACUGGAGGCGGCCAGAUUGAAAGCCUGAAUCAAUGA